UCUCUAAGCAGGAAGAGCAGUGCAUGUCGGUCAUCUUUGAGAGACUCUAUCCUCAUAGUGUCGACAUGGGCUGCGAGGAAGAGACAUUGGUACAAAAGAUAUGUGAGAUCUACCACCAGAUCUCCAAGCUGGAGUCCCUAAAGCCAUCCAAGGAUGUCAACACUCUCUUCACACAGCUUGUGCUCACAUGCAUACCAGAAAGCUCCAUUGAUGUCGACAAGUUGUGUGAGAACGUGCAGGACAUUCGGUCCAAGCUCAUUAGACUGUGUGGGGAAGCUGAGGGCCUCCUGGAAAGCCAUUACUCCACCAUCUUAGGAUUCAGUGGUGACAACCCUAUUCACCACCUCAACAUCUUCCCUUACUAUAACAACUACCUUAAGCUCAGCCAACUUGAGUUCAACAUACUCACCGGCCACUGCACUCAUCUUCCCACUCAGGUCGCCUUUGUGGGAUCUGGUCCCCUUCCUCUAACCUCCAUUGUUUUGGCCUCCCUUCACCUCAGGACCGCCACCUUCCACAACUAUGACAUCGACCCGUCGGCCAACUCCCUGGCCCAUCGCCUGGUCUCCUCUGAUUCUGAUUUAUCAAACCGAAUGUUCUUUCACACUACUGAUAUCAUGACUGUCUCCAGUAGCCUCCGGGACUACGAUGUUGUCUUCUUGGCAGCUCUGGUGGGCAUGGACAAGCAGGAGAAGACUCGAAUCAUCGAUCACCUGGCCAAGCACAUGGCCCCUGGAUCCCUCUUGAUGCUGAGGAGCGCCCAUGGUGCUCGAGCUUUCCUCUACCCUGUUGUGGAUCCUGACGAUCUCCACGGCUUUGAGGUGUUGUCCGUCUUUCACCCAACUGACGAGGUCAUAAAUUCGGUUGUUAUUGCCCGUAAAUACACAAACAAUAAGCCCAUCGUCCAUUCACUGGACCAGCAGGGCCUAGCAGUUGCAGGCUCCAUCAUCUUCCCUAGUAAAUGUUCUGAGAUCGAAGCCUUCAAUCCCCUCAACCAUGGGAACAUGAUUGAAGAACUGGCCGUCGAGGAGCAACUUUCUUGAGCUCUGUCUCAUCCCUUGAUCAUCUUCUCUCUUCCAUCAGUAAAAACCCAGUUGAAAUUAGUGCCCUUCCCUGAGCUAAUUGCUUCAUAUAUACAUAUAUACUUGUCUUGUCUAACUGAUCACUAUGGAUUUGCAUCGUCAAGUUUCCUGAGAGUGUAUGUUGUGUCUUCAUUUGCAUCUUAUAUAUGAGUUAUGUCCUAUGUCGUCGUCUAAAGAAAUAAAACACCCAGUUGCUAUAUGUACUGAAAUUUUCCUUUCUUUAGCUUUCUUUUGCUUUUGAAGAAACAAAACAAGAUCGAUCGAUGUUCUAUAUAUAUGAUUAAGUGCAUUUUCUAGCAUGGAUGCAUCAUGUUGCAUCCCCAUGCAUGAUGUAAUGAAUGCUUUUUGUGUAUGGAAGAAUGAAUAUGGAUAUGUCAUAUGUGAUGAAACAAAUAUAUUAAAGAACUUGUGCCAUGUAUUUGCUGUUA